CACAACAGGAAAGCGAGGCGCCGUGGGCACCUUCUCCCUAGAGUCCCAGCCCUCGCAGAAAUCGACCGUGCUGGCCGAGCGGCCCCGCCCCCCUGCAACCCCGGAGAGGACCUCUCUGGACGGCGGCCGGUCCCAGGGCAGGCCGGGGAGGGGGGCGGAGCUCAGGGGAGGGGCCCAGAGCACCGGCCCCCUCCCCCUCCAACUCCACCUCCAGCAGUAACGGACAGGGGGACGCGGCCAGACCCCCGCAGCCCGCAGGAGGGGGGGCCGGCAAGAAGGGGCUCCCUGCCAACCUGAUGGACAUCUUUAACAAGAUCGCCAAGUUUGAGAAGGAGAAAGGAGCCGGGCCAAGGAAGAAGGAGCCGCGUGAUGGCGCUCCAGGCCGCGGGGCGUCUUCAUGUGUCAGAGCGAGAAUUAGAUUGAAGAGAUGUGAUGGGACUUACACUGCUUCUGCUCCCUGAAAAUAAGCCGAAACCUAACAACACGCGUUGUCCACUGGAGAGUAGAUAACAAAUGCCGAAAUAAAGUUCCACCUUUAUGUCUAACGUCACUUUAUGGCCCCAUACAAGUUAAAUAUUACGGAUCACUGUUCAGUCGUCCUCCACAAACCACUGAGCUGUCAAGGAGAGCCGAGAUGAGUGCGGUUCCAAGUCCCCCGACCCUGAGGGCCCGACUGGAGACCUUCGAGUGCCACUUCACGUGGAACCUGAACAGCCAAAGAAAGCGCCUUUUCCUUCUCCUGGACAUACUGGAGGACAUCGGCGCCGAGGACGGCAACCUCUGGCUGGGACACAUCUACAACCUGCAGGCCCACGUCCACUUCCUCCUGGCCUCUGAAGAGCAGACCCCAGGCUCCACCAUGAGCGACGCGCUGCGCUGCUUCGGCCAGGCGGGGGAGGCCUUCCGGCAGGUGAGGAACCCCGUGGUGGACGACGGUCCCUGGCUGCUGGUCAACUACGGCAACCUGGCCUGGCUGCACUACCACCGGGAGGAGUGGUCCGAGAGCCUCGCGUACUUGGGCAAGGCGGAGGCACUGCUGCGAGAAUACCCGUCUCCGAUACAGGGGCAGCCCCAUCAGGUGGUCCUGGCCGAGAAAGCAUGGACCCUCAUGAACUUCGGCCAGGACGGCAGACGCAGUGCGGUGGAGCUCUUCAGGAAAGCCAUCGAGAUGGAACCAGCAUGCCCCGUGGAGUGGACCACCAGCCACGCGUUGGCCUUGGCGAUGUCUUCUCCUCCAGACGACUUGUCACCAGAGCAGGAGGCGGACAUCUUGGAGACCCUGAGACGCGCCGUUGAAGGCGAUCCAGACAACUUGUACAUUGCUGUGGUGUACCUUGGGAGACGCGCCAUGACCGACAGCAGAGGGAUCACAGAGGGAGCCCGUGAGCUGACCGAGGAGGUGCUGAAAAGGUCCCAGACCAGCUACAGCGGGAUCCGACCCUUGCUGAGAGUCUACAGAGAGCACGUGUCCCUGGAUGAGGCCAUCGAGGUGGCGAAAAAGGCUCUAGAGAGGCAUCCGACCAAACGGCAUCUCAAAAACGGCCUGGCGUACCUCUACAAGUCAAAGAUCUUCUCAGAAUGGGACAGUCCCUUGAUCGAGGACCUGAGGAGGAUAGCCAUCGUUCUCUAUGAGGAGGUGUGCAGCCUGUAUCCUCAUUUCCUAAAGGGGAGGAUCACCCUGGCGAUUUUAUACACACAGUCAAGGAAUCCUGACAUCAUGAAGUGUGACAAGAUAUUUAGGGAUUUGUUGAAAAUUGAUUUAGAGCCAGCCCAGCGGCAAAUGCUUUAUAACAAAUAUGCAAAAUUCCUCCACUUCAGUCUUCAAGACCGACGGAGGUCAAUAGAUUAUCACAUGAAGGCAGCAGAAAUACUGCAUUCCUCCAGGUUUCGGAGAGAGAGCAUACACAUUCUGACCCAGAUUAAGAAUAGCAGGAUGAACCGAAUGUGUGAAGAAAUUGAGGACUUUCUGGCCCAACUACCCUUAUAGCUCAGCGCACAAUGAAAAAAAAAUCACAAGUUACAUAAUUAGACAAAAUCCUUUAUUUAUUAAAUAUGGCACCAACUUUCAGAUGUCUUUCAGUGUUGAAAUCUGCCAUACAAUGGAAGAAUGAUUACAAAGCGCAUAUUUUGUAAUUACCAACGACGAAAUUAUUUUUAAUUUUUGUAAAAGGGGAACUAUACAUAGGAGUUUUAUUCAAGACUGAAAGAAAUACAAUUAGGUGAAUGAAUAUUCGUAUUGCCUCUUAUCUCAAUUGUUUUAUGUUUUUCAUAAAACUUAUAUUGUCCAGGGCGGGGAGGAAUGGACUGAACUGGGUGGGGAUCCUCCACCUCCACUCACCAUUGGCUAUCUGGUCAAAGUUCCUUAAACGUGACACGUUUUGGAAUGGCAUCUCCGCGUUUAUUUUCAAGUCUCAAUAAGAAUGAAAAAAGAGACAGAACACGCUAAAUUAAAAUAAUACGUAGAAAGACAGAAUGUACUAGUCAUUUCCUCUUCGGCUCUUCUUGUGGCUUUUAUUUGAACUCCUGCUAUGGAAACAGGUUGGAUUUAGUCAUUUAAUCAAUGUUACGAUUUGGGCUUUUUGUUGAUUGCUUAUAAAGACAUGUUAUUGCUGAGAAAUGAACAGCGAUGAAUAAACAAAAACAGUGGUAUCCUGA